CCGGGGAGAAAGCUGGGGGGGCAGGGAGGUCGGGAGGGAGGGGCGAAAGGGAAGGUGAGGGGGAGAACCUCCCCAUUUCCUGAGGAGAUUCCCCUCCCAUUUCAGGGGAGACACCUCUCUCCCAGGGAGUGAAUUCCUAUUUCCUGAGAAAAUUCCCCCCAUUCUAAGGGAGAAACUUCAAUUCUUGAGGCACUCCCCCCCUCCAUGAGACCCCCUCAUUCCAAGGGUACACCAUCUCCCACUUUAAUAGGAAAUCUCCCCAAAUCUGAGAGGAAGACCCCUUUUCUAAGGCGAGCCAUUGCCCUGAUUCUGAGGGAAGACUGCAAUUCUCAGAGGGGUCCCCCAGUUCUGAAGUAGAGACCCACAUUUUCUGAGGAAAUUCUUUCAAAUAACACCUCUCAUUUCCUGAUGAGAGGUCUCCAAAGUUCUGAGAGAGACCUCAUCAUUCUGAAAGACAAGCCUAAUAUCCUAAGGAGAUUCCCAUAUUUUUCUGGAAGAGAUUCCAAUUUUGAGGAUUGAGCCAUCAAUAUAAGAAAGAGCCCUCAUCCCCAAGCAGAGUUUCCCCAGUUCUGAACCAGAAACGAGGCACCCCCCCACCCCAUUCUGAAGAAAGAUCAUUUGAUUCUGAAGGGAAAACUUGUUUUAGAGAGAACCCUCAGGUGACACCCUCACCUGAGUGAGAUAGCAUCCCCUAUUUCUAAGGAAGAGAGUCCCCAGUUCUGAAGUGAAGACGCUCCUUCUGAACUAAGUCUCCACUUGAGAAGGGUAGACCACCAUUCUGAAGGGAAAGUCCUUAUUUCAAAAAGCUACCUACUCAUUUCUGUGGGGGAAGACCCCAUUCUGAAGAGACACCCUGAAUUCUGUGGGGAGAUCAUCUGAAUCGGAUUGAAGGGUAGACCAGUACGGCCCAAAGAGGAGAAGGCCCAACAUGUAUCUUCCUGAGAGCCUCCACAUUCUGGCCGAUAGUGAGAUGGUCCAGUUUGUGAAGAGGCCGAAGACUCUAUCUCGAAUCUUCGCUGGGAUGUUCUCGCUCAUCGUCUUUGCCACGCUGCUGACGGACGGCUACCAGAACCUGCCCAGCUCGUCGCAGCUGCACUGCGUGCUCAACGACAACGGAGUGGCCUGCAGUUUUGCGGUGGCCGCGGGCCUCCUGGCCUUCCUCCUCUGCCUGCUCUUCAUCACGCUGGAUGCUCUGGCGUCCCGGAUCACCAGCACUCGCAUCAAGACCACCGUUUUGCUGCUGGAUUUCUCGCUCUCCGUCAUCUGGGUUGGCGUCUGGUUCGUGGGUUUCUGCUUCCUGGCCAACCAGUGGCAGCACUCGCCCCCUCGCCACUACCUCCUGGGCAGCAACAGCGCCAAGACGGCCAUCGCCUUCUCCUUCUUCUCCAUUCCCACCUGGAUGGCCCUGGCCUUCUUGGCCCUCCGGGACCUCCGCAGUGACUCGCCCAUCCCCUACAAGCGCUCCCUGGACGAGGGCGGCGUCGCCCUGACCACCCUCUCUUCGGGCCCCACCACCACCACCAUUGGCCCCAACAGCCUGGGCUACCCGGGCUCCAUCCCGCCCCCGUACCCCAGCACCCCCAAAGCCGCCCGCCUUGCUAUGAUGAAUGACAACUGAGGCCCUCUCCAGAUCCCCUCAGUUAUUAAAGAGACCUUCUCUUCCUCCCACGGAGGUGUGUGAACA